ACCAACACCCCUUAAAUAAUUCUGUUUAGGAUAGAAGCUGUGACUAGAAAAAUCAGGUUUGGGGAUUCUGUUCAGGAUGUCAUGUCUGCCAUCGGAGCACCCUCAAGGGUGUUCUAUAAGUCGGAAGAUAAGAUGAAGAUUCACUCCCCGAAUGCGCACAGGAAAGCUGCAUCCUUGAAGUCAGAUUACUUCUUCAACUACUUUCAGAUGGGGCUGGAUGUAUUGCUUGAUGCAAGGACUAACACGGUUAAAAAAUUCAUUCUUCACACCAACUUUCCUGGCCACUAUAAUUUUAAUAGGUAUCAUCGAGCUGAGUUUAAUCUAGAGCUAGAGGUUGAAAAGAGUUCUAUAAAUCAAAUGAUUCCUAGUCCUGUUAACAUCACACCAUUAACAAGGUGGGAAAGUGUAGCGGAUAAACUGAAACCAUGUGAGAGACCUGUUGUUCUAAACCGGGCCAGCUCAACCAAUACAACAAACCCCUUCGGUUCUACUUUCUGCUAUGGGUACCAGGAUAUUAUAUUUGAGGUUAUGCCCAACGGACAUCUUGCAAGUGUGACCCUUUAUCUUCCACAGGGCAUGAGUCCUCCGUCAGUUGGAGAGGAGGACGUUCUCAAGCUUUAAUAGGACGCGACGUUCUUUAAGCUUUAAUAGGACGCGACGUUCUUUAAGCUUAAUAGGACGCGACGUUCUUCGAGCUUUGAUAUCGCGUCUCAAGAAGACGUUCUUGAGGUUCAAAUAGACGCUAUUAACCUUUAACAGGACGUUCUUAAGCUUACAUAGGACGUUGUUAUGGCUUAUUAGGGCAUUCUUGAGCUCUAAUACGACGUCCUAAAAUUAAAAUUUUCAUUUAAAGACAAGCAGUUUGAUGCCGAAAAAUGACGAUUUUAGAUUCGUAGGAGGCUUAAGUAUAUUGUGAAGAAUAAGGAUGAGAUAGAGAGAAGGAGAGUCACUGAGUUCACUGAGUGCACGAAUAAUAAAAUGCCGCGUCCAAUUCAGGCCAAAUUCUCCUCUUUUCCUGACUGCACAAGCUCUCAAAGACUAUUGAAUAUGGAAGAUGAACGAAAUGAUUAAUUAUUAAAUGUGGUUUGGUUAUUUGUCCUUGAGUACUUUUACAAUACAGUACAUUCAGAGAUGCUGUAACGUAUGUACAAUGUUAUUGUACACUGUACACUGAACUUAAUUCAUUUUACAAACAGAAACACUGUUAUGAUGUACACUGUGUGACAAAUUUGUGUACAUACUUGUGAUUGGUUGAGCACUGAUACAUAUUGUAAGCAUGUCAGCUGCAUAAUAAAAGCAUUGACUAAAUGUGUGCAACCCAUUUCAACUUGUAUUUAAUUAUAUAUGUAAUUUGCAAAGUAUUCUGUUAUUGGAUAAAAGAUUUCAUGUUUCAAAAUUAACCUUUUAAAACUGCUUCAAUUCUGUGAUUUUAAACUCUUUUUCUUUAUAUCUUAAUAUUUAUCCUAAUUAUUAAACUUAUGAUUGAUUUGAAUUGAUCUAGAAAAUUCCUUCUGAUGCUGAACUCUGAAUAGCAUAUUAAAUGCAUCUGAAAAAAGAAACCUGAAAUAAUAAAAUCCGAGAUAUUGAUCCCUCCACUAUUUAUGUUGUUUAAAGUAUAUUUGCUUUUCAAGGAUAUCAAUCUGGACUAGCUUAGCAUAUAGCUAUUGUCAACUUGUCGUUAGUUUGACUUCAUCAAGCUAUAACUAGCUGGACCAGUAUAUUUAUAGUUAUUAUCAACCUAUCGUUAGUUUCACUUUAUCAACAUGUAACUAGCUUUACCAGUUGAUUUAUAGCUAUUGUCAACCUAUUGUUAGUUUGACAUUAUCAACUUGUGACUAGCUAAACAAGAUGAUUGACCAACCUGUCCUUAGCUAGGCUAUUUGAUUAAGAUCAUUAGGUUUAAUAAUAAACCUGUGUCUAGCUAAUAUAUAGUUGAUUGAUAAUUAAUUAGCUUCAGUUAUCGACCUGUGUCUAGCUAAGAUAUAGUUGAUUGAUAAUUAAUUAGGCUCAGUUAUCGACCUGUGUCUAGCUAAGAUAUAGUUGAUUGAUAAUUAAUUAGCUUCAGUUAUUGACCUGCGUCUAGCUAAGAUAUAGUUGAUUGAUAAUUUAUUAGGUUCAGUUCUCGACCUGUGUCUAGCUAAGAUAUAGUUGAUUGAUAAUUUAUUAGGUUCAGUUCUCGACCUGUGUCUAGCUAAGAUAUAGUUGAUUGAUAAUUUAUUAGGUUCAGUUCUCGACCUGUGUCUAGCUACGUUAGACCAUUAAUGUAUCUUUGAAUAUGCAGAACUAGUUUACUUAUUUUGUAUUUUCCUGUGUCAAGGCAAAAUGUCUAUAUACUAGGCUAAUUCUAAUGGGCAACCGAUAAAAACGUUUAAAUUGAUUUUGGAAGAUAUUGAUCACAAUCUCAUUUGUUUUCUUAUUUUUUAACGAAACCUUCAUUCAUAAGUUCAAAUUAAAUUUACAGGUUCAUAGUUUUCUUCUCAAAAAUACAAGUUUUAAAAUUUAA